AAAAAAAAAAGACAAAAAAUCCCUAUAACCAAGGAGUGAAUGGCUUAAAGAAACUGCUCUCACUUGUCUUAUUCUUUGUCAUAAACUCAAAAAUCCCUUCUUUUUCUUUUCUUUCUUGUGCAGCUGUCAUAACUCAAAUGUUUUCAACAAAUAGUAGAAGUCUUAUAACUCAUCUUCUCUAGAAAUGAAUGCAUGCAGAAAGAAAAAGUCCCUACCAAAAACCAAUCUUCUUUUCUCUGAUUCUUACAACAAAUCCCAUUACAUUUUGUGGACCCAGAAACUAAAAGAAGAACCUUUCUAAUACAUUAGACUUGUUCUUAUAAUCAAUAUUACCAACUCAUCUUUUAAUUAAAGUGGGGUUAUGACAAAGAAAAUUUCCUAUAUAAAUUCUUCUUAGUUCUUCCAAAGUUUUGAUCUUUAACAGUAAACAUCUUUUGUUUUCUUUGAUUUUCAUUUCAAUGGCAGAAAAUGGCCAUCAUGGUAGUAGUAUAGGUAGUGAAAGUACAAGUAUUGAAAUUGAGAGAAAACUUCAUCAAACUCCCACUUGGGCUGUUGCUGGAGUUUGUGCUGUUAUUAUUCUCAUUUCUUUCAUUUUGGAGAAAGGUCUUCAGAGAAUUGGAACGUGGUUAACAAAAAAACAGAAGAGGGCACUCUAUGAGGCUUUGGACAAAGUUAAAGAGGAACUGAUGGUUAUGGGAUUUAUUUCACUCCUCUUGACAUUUAGUCAAGGUUACAUGGCCAAAAUCUGUAUUCCUUCCAAGUUUGCAGAUCACAUGUUACCAUGUGAACUCAAAAAUCGUGAUUCUGGUGAAGAAAAUCGAAGGAAGCUUCUCUGGGACAAGCGCCGAAUCUUAGUCACUGGUGAAUCCCAUCAUAGCUGUCAUGAGGGUCAUGUGCCACUGAUAACAGUUGAGGCUGCUCAUCAGCUACACAUCCUCAUAUUCUUCUUAGCAGUCUUCCACGUGCUAUAUAGUGCUGCAACAAUGAUGCUUGGGAAGCUGAAGAUUAGAGGUUGGAAAGAUUGGGAGCGUGAGACAUCAACACUUGACUAUGAGCUAACGAAUAAUCCUUUAAGAUUCAGGCUCACGCAUCAGACAACUUUUGUGAGAUCGCACAACAGCUUUUGGACAAGGAUCCCAUUCUUCUUCUAUGUGGGUUGUUUUUUCCGGCAAUUCUUCAGAUCAGUUACCAAGGCUGACUAUCUGACAUUAAGAAAUGGAUUCAUAACUGCUCAUAUAGCUCCAGGAAGUCAAUUCGAUUUCCAAAAGUAUAUCAAAAGGUCAUUAGAAGAUGAUUUUAAGGUGGUUGUGGGCGUCAGUCCUGUUUUGUGGACAUCUUUUGUGAUAUUCUUGCUUCUAAAUGUCAAGGGAUGGCACACUCUUUUUUGGGCAUCAAUACUUCCGCUGAUUGUUAUUUUAGCUGUUGGAACCAAGCUGCAGGGUAUAAUGACAAGGAUGGCUCUGGAAAUCACGGAGAGGCAUGCUGUGGUCCAAGGGAUCCCUCUAGUUCAAGGUUCAGAUGAAUAUUUCUGGCUCUCGUGGCCUCAAUUCAUACUUCAUCUCCUCCAUUUUGCUCUAUUUCAGAACGCAUUCCAGCUAACCUAUUUCUUGUGGAUAUUGUAUGAAUUUGGAAUGAAGUCUUGUUUUCAUGAUAAAGAAAUCUACGUGCUUAUUAAAAUAUUUAUCGGGAUUGUUGCUAUGAUUCUUUGCAGUUAUAGCACUCUUCCCCUUUAUGCUCUUGUGACACAGAUGGGAUCAAACAUGAAGAAGUCUGUCUUUGAUGAGCAAACAUCUAAAGCCCUCACAAAGUGGCAUAUGGAAGUUAAGAGGAAGCAAGAGGAGAAGACAGAGAAGUCUCCUUCUACCCGAACCCUGGGAGGAAGCUCGAAGAACUCGAGAAAGUCGUUAAGGCGACACUCAUCAGGUCCCACCCUACACAGAUUCAUGACUACAGGCCACUCGAGUCAUUUAUCCUCCUACGUCGAGCUUCAUAUCUCUGAUGGUGAAGGGGAUGAGAUAGGUAAGGUCGAUGAUAAUCACGGAGAGAGUGAAAUGACUGUAUUGCCCACUCUGAAGGAAAUUAAGCAGGAGGAUGAUCAGUUUGUCCAGCACAGCCCAAAUUGACAGCAUUGGUGAAUUAAAUCGAUUGCUGCUCAUGUACAGAGGUGUUAUUGGAUUUAUUAUUCCUUAAUAUAGAUAGUUCGCUUGUAGUAAGAUCGAGUAGGAAGAUAAUGCUUAAAAGAAAGAUACUCAAGAGUAGGAGUAGCAUUUCUUGUAUAUCUUCUUCGUAUUGCUUAUUGAUAGAGUAUAAUUUUGUAUACUUGAUACAAAGGAGGUUGCAUACUAAAACCAA